UUCUUCGUUCAGGAGCAGAUGCAGGAAGAGGAUAAGGGUCUGUAUGUGGCUAGCUAGCUGACUAGUGCGAAUGUGUUAAUCACAAAAGAACAGCGUUUGCACUUAUCUAGAACAAUGAAGAGUACGGUGUCGUUUUUCAGUUUUUCUUUGUUCGUCUAUUAUGGAAUAACGUUACUUCUCUUUAUCGGUACUUUUCCAGCCACUGCCAUAGAUGUGUACACUCCACCGGAGAUGUUUGUGGAGAAUGGUACCACAGAGAUCCUCAAGUGCACUUUCAAAUCCAACCAAGUCAUCAGCAGUGCUGCAUCUGUGUCCUGGUCCUUUGUUCCGGAGGGGUCAUCGAGCUCUGGAAUAACUAUAUUUUACUUCUCUGGAGGAAAGGGCUACCCAGGGGACUUGCCACAGUUUAAAGAAAGGGUUUCAUGGGCUGGAGACCUGAACAAAAAGGAUGCUUCUAUAAAACUGACAAAACUGCAGUUCAGUGACAAUGGGACCUAUACCUGUGAUGUGAAGAACCCUCCUGACAUUACAGGUGUUUCCUCAAGCACGCAGCUCAAGGUUGUGCUCAAAGAAGCCCUUCCCCAAAGCAAUGUUGGUGUUAUUGUGGGAGCUGUGACUGGUUCCCUUCUGCUCCUGGUGCUCAUCGCCUUCAUCACCUGCUUAGUAAUACAGAGGAGAAACUCCCAGCAUGAUUAUGAAGGGUGCACUUCCAUGGAGAGUGUCAGUUCGCAAGCAACACGGACGGUGAAGAAGGCUGACUCGAGCUUGGAGGGGUCAAGGUGUAGCAGUCCCUCUGGUCCUCUUCAGGGGCCAGUGAUAUAUGCCCAGCUGGAUCAUUCAGGCACCAAGAGCCAAAAUUACUUCCACAAGAUGGAGCCAGUGGUCUAUGCUGACAUCCGAAAAAACUGAGGGACACAACUGGAGACUUUAAAAAGAAGAAGAAGAAGAAGAAGAAGAAGAAAAAAAAAAAAAA